GUGGCUUCUGGGAUUUCUGUUACGACAAGAAGGCACUCAGGCUAACUAAUCUCACACGGGGAGACAUUCCGAACUAGCGAUGGAACUGUUUUUCCAACCCAAAUACCUUCUCACGUUGGCCGUUGUACUUUCGUCCGUAAGCUUUGUCUACUCGGAAGGCGAUGUCGAGGGUUGGAGGGAGCAGGGUUCAGAGGAUUCCUGUGGCCAAUUAUCCAACCUUGGCUCAGGAUGCAGUGUGAACAGUGAUUGUACCAAAAUAACUUGUGCUGUUGAUGGUAUUGUAAAAACUCACAAAACCACAGUCACGAUUAAGAUCAACAAGUGUGAUGAGCCUGUUACAUAUGAUGUCUCUGUGAAGACUGAUGACCUUGGUAUUGACUGGACCCAUAAUUUCCCUGCUGAUGCUAAGGUAGAAGUGCCAGGGUUCAGUUUGGGUUCAAUGAUUGGUGUGUACAUCAAGGUCCAGAUAUUAGACACUGGAAGCAACCUGCAUCUGAAGAUUCAAGUGCUAGUGGGUUCAAAGGCCACAUCACUCUACUUCUUCAAGGCCACGCUGAUCGACAGUAAUUUGCCAACAAGCACUUGGGAGUGUGGUAUUGUCCGCUGGUUUGAGAAACUUAGCCUAGCCGCCAAGAUAUCAUUGAUCGCUGCCGGUCCAGUGCUUCUCAUAGCAAGCUGCAUCUGUUGCUGUCGCCGUCGCAGCUCUUCCCCGGGCGUGGUCAUGAUGCAUGGGGGGCCUACCGUGGUCACUUCUACAAUUACAAAUGUGCCUGCGAAAACUCUUGUGAAUGAGCAGCCGAUGGUUGAAUUUGCCUAGUAUUUGAGGAAUGUCCAUGUUUUUUACUCAGCAGUGCGACACGGUGUGUGGCCACUUUUGGCAGUUUUUUUAAAGUUAACAAAUCAAAAUCAAUGAGAAUAUGGAAAUGUACUGACAUGAUCUUCACUAGUCAACCAGCUAUCAACCAGUGAGGCAACCAACAAUCAACCAGCGAGUCGACCAGCGAUCAAGCAGCGAUUAACCAGCGAGGCGACCAGCGAGGCAAAGAAAAGCUUCAGUUCACAUCAGCAUUAGAGAAUCCUCCUAGUUAUGAAGUUCGUGUCAUACAACUAUGAUUUGUUUUUUUUUAACUUUCUGUUGGUGGCCGCGCAAUAACGCGCAUGGCAACGCACGUCGCACUAUGGACUUUAGUUAAAGCCGCAUUGUCACCAGUCUACUUCCGGUCGAAUACGUUACAAUAUCCGAUGAUUUUUAACGGAGAACGCGAAAAAUAUUUCAAAAUAUUGAAAGCAGUGUGUCUAUUGGAAGUUUCUUUGAGGAUUGAUUGAUAAUUUAGAGCGGAUGGCCCAUUAAAUAUCCCGGAUUUUAAUAGAUUCUUUUGUCUUUUAACGGUUGAGGUUUCCGUCGGACCUCCGGAAGUAAACUGGUGACAAUGCGACUUUAAUGUUAAAGGCAAUAAAUUGCCUUUUACAUGGCCCUUAGAAAAAACAAACGUUUAACUUCACCUUGAAGUGCAUGUUGAAUUAAUGUUGAAUUAAUGUCAUAGUUGAGUUCCAUUAAACACAUCCUUUGUUAAAAA